AUGAAGGCUGAAGUUGCCAAUGGAGGUGCCAUCGGCGUCAAGGCAGCGGAUGUCGUCAAACGCGAGGACAUCGACGACGAAGUGGGAGCGAGUUACAAUUCUCACAGCGCAUCUGCGGAGCGCAAGCAAGAACACGACAUAGUAAAGCAGGAGGUCCUCCGCCCCUCUGUUACCCCUCCCGUCUCUUCCAAGAAGGUCAAACCGGAACCACAGUUGAUUGGGCAUCUACCUCGCGCUGAAGAAGCUGCCCUACUCAUGUUCGUCGAGAUUGAGGAGAAUCGCUAUCAGUACGGUACUUUGGGACGGUCCCGGGAGGCGUUGGAGAGCAUGACAUGCGAUUGCGUGUAUGAGUAUGGCGUUGACGACCCUAUCGACGCUUGCGGCCAUGGGUCGGACUGCAUCAACCGCCUCACCCAGGUCGAAUGUCUACCUGACGACUGCAAGUGUCGCUCCUACUGUCAGAAUCAACGAUUCCAACGGAGGCAGUACGCCCCCAUCGAGAUCGUCCAGACGGAGAAGAAGGGCUAUGGUCUUCGAGCCGCUCAAGACCUUCCGAAGGACACAUUCAUCUACGAGUACAUUGGUGAUGUUAUCAGCCAGCCGUCUUUUCUCAAGCGUAUGCGACAAUACGCGGAAGAGGGCAUUCGCCAUUUCUACUUCAUGAUGCUCCAGAAGGAUGAGUUCAUCGAUGCGACGAAGCGCGGAGGCAUCGGUCGCUUCGCUAACCAUAGCUGCAACCCCAAUUGCUAUGUGGCGAAGUGGACAGUCGGGCAUCACGUGCGCAUGGGAAUAUUCGCCAAUCGGAAUAUCAGGAAGGAUGAAGAGCUCACCUUCAACUACAAUGUGGAUCGAUAUGGCCACGACGCGCAACCAUGUUACUGUGGAGAGCCAAACUGCGUCGGUUUCAUUGGCGGAAAGACUCAGACGGACAUUGCGGCCAUGGAUGAUCUCUACCUUGAUGCCCUUGGUAUCUCUGAGGAGGUAGCUACGUUGGGAUUGAAGGGUAACAAGAAGAGGAAGAGCAAGAAGCUGGACGAGGAUUUCAUCCCUACAUUGAGACCAUUGGUCGAGAAGGAUGUACCCAAGGUCGUACAGGCAAUGCGUCAAACGCAGAGCAGGAAGGUCUUGGUCAAGCUACUGAUGCGCAUUAAGCUGACGGAGGACCUAUCUCCUUUGCGGCAAAUCAUGCGACUGCGAGGUUUCUCCGUCAUGACUAAUGUCCUUGAGGAUUACGGUGACGAUGUUGAAAUGUCUACAUUAGCCAUCGAGUGCAUGAUGACGUGGCCGUUACUUCAACGCAACAAGGUAGAGGACUCGAAGGUGAACAUGCCUGUGGAAGUAUGCGCCAAGUCAGAUAAUCAAGCACUUGCAGAGCUAGCGCAGAAGCUGCUCGCGCAAUGGGAGAAUCUCGAAUAUGCAUACCGCAUACCCAAGCGUCUGAAGGCAGACGGUGAAGAGGAGGAUCCGCCGUCAUCCAUCCUCAAUCUUGCUCGUGAGGACCGUGAAAGCACGCGAGAGAGCAAGCGCUUCAAGUAUGAGUCAAUGUACGAGGAGCAUGAGUUCCGAUUGCGAAGUCCAAGCUUGCUUCCAAAAUCCGGCUUGUCGCUGUCUGCGACUUUGCCUCCGGUAUUACCUGAGAAGGAGGAUACAACUGAGGUCGAACGAGCGAUGGUCCGUCAAGCGCAGGCACAGCAGAUCACCGCCAUCAUCGCCCAGGCAUCUGCCAAAGCCGCCGCUGAGGCACUGGCCGCUGCGGCAGCAAAGGCGGAGGCGGAGAAGAAGGAGGCGGAUGAGGCUGCUCAGCGCGAGGCGAGAAAGAGCCCCAGCAAGCACGCGAAGUUGUCUAAAGAAGAGAAGGAGGCAAAUAAGGAGAAACGUCUCUUGAAGCUUGUCGGCAACGUGGUCGUGAAGUGCAUGUCCAAGCAUCAGAAGCAGAUGAGCCAUGAUCAAUUCAAGAAGCAUGCCAAAGAACUGACGCACAUCAUCGCCGAGAAGGAGAAGAAGUCCUCGAGUUACCGAGAGGGCAAACUCGACGCGCUCUCCGAGGAGAAGACGGUCAAGAUCAAGAAGUUCGCAAAGGAGUACAUCGCGAAGGUCCUGCGUAAGCUCGAGAAGCCUGACGAUCGACGUGCGUCUGGAUCUAGGUCAAAGCCAUCGUCGACGGCCAACGAUAGCUCGUCCGUGGCGGCAUCAUGUUCAGGUUCAAUUCUGGCACCGGAUGAGUCCAUGCCGGUCAUAUCUGUGGACGACAUGAUGGAUAUCGACGGGAGCGACCACGAGGAGGACGAGGGGCACGAUCAAGACAUGGCCGAUGGCGAGGGCGAGGUCGACUCGCCUGAUCAGCAUGACUCUCCGCCCGAGUCGGUCAGCCCUGAAUCCACGCCUCUACCGCCACAGCGGGAAGAGCGCAGAGCGCUUGUGCAUACUGUGUCUGACCCGCGCUUGCGCCAUCGGACCGAGGAGAGUGGGUGGGACCCACAUCAAGAUAACUUAGCUGUACUGCCUGGGCCGAGCGCUGUCUCUGUAGGCUCGUAG